CCUGUAAGUAGUGAAUUAUUCACAUCUGUUCAAAGGUAUCAUAUUUGCUCUUCCCAGGUUGCAGCAGGGUGGGGCGGGGAGGCGGCUUUGUUCAGUCUGUUAAUAGGAGGAGCAACCCCCUUGUUCAAACAGUACUUACAGGUGGGGCCUGUUUUUGCUAAGUCAUCCUGGGGACGCUCAAAGCUCCCUUGUUAGAUCCUUUCUGUCCUCCUCGGCUCCUCCUUCCUCCCCACCCCUCGGAUAGAUUCAUAAGUGGGCUCAGGCCCCUCUGCGGGUCUCACUCUGCGCUUCACCAUGGCCUUCAUUGCCAAGUCCUUCUACGACCUCAGUGCCAUCAGCCUGGAUGGGGAGAAGGUAGAUUUCAAUACAUUCCGGGGCAGGGCCGUGCUGAUUGAGAAUGUGGCUUCGCUGUGAGGCACAACCACCCGGGACUUCACCCAGCUCAACGAGCUGCAAUGCCGCUUUCCCCGGCGCCUGGUGGUCCUUGGCUUCCCUUGCAACCAAUUUGGACAUCAGGAGAACUGUCAGAAUGAGGAGAUCCUGAACAGUCUCAAGUAUGUCCGCCCUGGGGGUGGAUACCAGCCCACCUUCACCCUUGUCCAAAAAUGUGAGGUGAAUGGGCAGAACGAGCAUCCUGUCUUCGCCUAUCUGAAGGACAAGCUCCCCUACCCUUAUGAUGACCCCUUUUCCCUCAUGACCGAUCCCAAGUUCAUCAUUUGGAGCCCCGUGCGCCGCUCAGAUGUGGCCUGGAACUUUGAGAAGUUCCUCAUAGGGCCGGAGGGAGAGCCCUUCCGACGCUACAGCCGCACCUUCCCAACCAUCAGCAUCGAGCCUGACAUCAAGCGCCUCCUUAAAGUUGCCAUAUAGAUGUGAGCUGCUCAGCACACAGUUCUCCAACUCCAUCCAGGAGCCUUAGGAUUCAGCAUGCCCUCAGGAGACUCUGCUGGACCUCAGCAUUCCCUUGCUAUCAGUCCCCUUCACUGAAGAGCCUUGCCUUUUCCCUCUGCCCGUUUCCUUUUCCUCUUCCAACCCUCUGGUUGGUGAUUCAACUAGGGCUUCAAGGCUUGGGUAAGCUCUGGGCCUUCACAGAAUGAUGGCACCGUCCUAAACCUUCAUGGGUGGUGUCUGAGAGGCGUGAAGGGCCUGGAGCCACCCUGCUAGAAGAGACCAAUAAAGGGCAGAUGUGGAAACACGGCCA